UAUAUACUUAGCUUAGCCCACGUCCAACUUCCAAGCAAAACAAGAAACAAAGCCAAUGGGAAGGCCACCCUGCUGCCAAACAAUCAGUGUCAAGAAGGGCCCUUGGACUCCCGAAGAAGAUAUCAUCUUGGUUUCUUACAUUCAUCAAAAUGGCCCUGGAAAUUGGAGAUCCGUUCCCCAUAACACGGGGCUGUCGAGAUGUAGCAAGAGUUGUAGAUUGCGGUGGACGAAUUACUUACGGCCCGGGAUCAAACGCGGGCAGUUUAGUGAUCAUGAGGAGAAGAUGAUUAUUCAUCUCCAAGCCCUGUUAGGCAACAGAUGGGCAGCCAUAGCCUCGUAUCUCCCACGAAGAACGGACAACGAUAUCAAGAAUUAUUGGAAUACCCAUUUGAAAAAGAAGCUAAAAGUGUAUGAAAAUGGGUUGUCAAAGGGUCAAUGGGAAAGAAGGGUUCAAACAGACAUUGAAACGGCCAAACAAGCAUUGAAAGAAGCUCUUUCGCUUACAAAACAAACUCAUACUUCUGAAUCCAAUACCCCUUCUUGUUCUUCAUACGCAUUAAGUGCUGAAAACAUUGCCCGAUUGCUCAAAAAUUGGACAAAAAAUUCAACAAGAAGCAACUCAGAAUCAAGAAGCACCCAGAAUUGUGUGUCGGUGGAGGAAAGUUCCAAGCUUGAAACUGGGGUUGAAAGCGUGGGGGGAGUGCCACUCACUUUGCUGGAGACAUGGCUGUUUGAUGAUGUUGCACCUCAAAAUCAUCAACAUCUUAUCAACUUCUCAUUGCAAGACGGUCACCAAGGGUUGUUUUAAUCUAUUAUAUCCUCCAAGUUCUUGCUUUCCCUCUACAUUUUUAGUUUAUAUUUACCAAAAUUCACCAAUUGUAAAUCUACCGACAAACCCUUUACCUUCAAUAUUAUUAUUUCGCUAAAA